UUUAAUGAUAGUGAUAAUAUACAGUUAUACACUAUCUAUUCUCGACCCGAACUAUUGCCAUCCCUAACCCUAACAUCCAGUAUCGUCAUUUCCGUGUCCCAUCUAUCUCUAUGAUGUAAGAGAAGGAGAAAAAGAAAAAGGCUUUUCAACACAACAAAAUGAUUAUCCCGAUAAAGAAAAGUCACUAUUAAAUCCUUCCUCCUUGUUUUCUUUGAUGAAUUUUCCUUGAUUCCAUCCCGCCGCCGUGGAAGAUCACCGGGCCGACUCCCACCGGCAAUUCCAAAACCCUGUAGGCCCCAUAACUCCUCCCCACCAAGUUGCAGGCCUUUACAGGAAAUUCCAUUCCCUUAAUUAAACCAAAACCCCAAUUCAAACGCCACCGGAAAAGAACAGAACAGAACAGAGCAGAGGAACAUUCAUUCCUUCCUUCCAAAUUCCCUUCCCUCUCUCUCUCUCUCUCUUCAAUUUCUCAUCUUCCCUUUAAUAUCCCUUCUCCCUUUUCGAAAAACCCAUUUCGUUUCCCAUACCCUUUUCCCCGAUGAAGAACACGAAGAGCCACAAAACAGAGCACCCACAACCGCCGGUGAUUCUUCGCCUGAUCAACGGGCAGAAGAAAUUCCCCCUCCACAACUUCAUCUUCUCCGCCGUGUUCUUCGCGUUCGGGCUGCUCUCCGGUCUCGGAGUCGGCCUCUACCUGUCGAACAUCUCAUUCACGUUCCAGCUCAGCCAAUUCUCCAUCUCCAAGUCCGCCGGCGGCGGCGCUUCCCCUGUUCUGGCGGUCCAGCAAUCGACCGGACCCUGGCACGAAAUGGACGACGGGGAGCUGAUGUGGCGGGCCUCGAUGGUGCCGCGUGUUUCCGAAUUCCCCUUCCGCCGUGUGCCCAAAGUGGCGUUCAUGUUUUUGACGGUCGGGCCUCUGCCAUUGGCGCCGCUGUGGGAGCUCUUCUUCAGGGGAGGAGACGAGAGGCUUUACACGAUCUACAUUCAUUCCCUUCCGUCGUAUGUUAAUGCGACGUCGGAUUUCGCAGCUGAUUCCGUGUUCUACGGCAGGAGGAUCCCGAGCAAGGAUGUGCAAUGGGGGAAAUCCACCAUGGUCGCAGCCGAGCGCCGCCUCCUUGCCAACGCGCUCCUCGACUUCUCCAACGAGCGAUUCAUCCUCUUAUCCGAAUCCUGCAUCCCACUCUACAACUUCACAACAAUCUACACCCACCUCAUCACCUCCUCCCCAAAAUCCCACGUGGAAGUCUUCGACCAACUGGGCCCGGUGGGCCGGGGCCGGUACAGCCCAGCGAUGCAGCCCACCAUCAAGCCGGCCCACUGGCGGAAGGGCUCCCAGUGGUUUGAGAUGGACCGCCGGCUGGCGGUCCAAGUGGUCUCGGACCGGACCUACUUCCCGCUAUUCGAGCGGCUCUGCAACGGGUCCUGCUACGGGGACGAGCACUACCUCCCCACGAUGGUCAACGCCCGGUUCGGGGGAUGGAACUCGAACCGGACGCUGACGUGGGCCGACUGGUCGGUCCGCGGGCCGCACCCGCGGAGCUUCUGGCGGCCCGACGUGACGGUGGGGUUUUUGGAAGGGUUGAGGGACGGUGGGAGGAUGUGUGGGGAGUACGGGAGGAACGUCGGCGGCGCCGCCGGGGGAGGGAUCGGGGUGCAUUAUUAUCACAAUGUUACUGAAAGGGGUUCAUCGUCGGUGUGCUUCUUGUUUGCUAGGAAGUUCCGGCCUCAUUCGCUGAGUAGGUUGUUGAGAUUUGCUCCUGGGGUUAUGCAGUUUUAGGAUGUAAAUUAGUAGGUGUGUUUUUUGGAUGAUUAGUUUGAUUCGGGGGGAACAAGAAUCCUUAAUUGUGGUCUAACGGUCAUGAUUUUGUUGUUUUAUUGAUUGUUUCGUAGGGUGUAUCAUGUUAAGCUAAUUUGGCUCAUAUGCUCUACGUGUAAGAGUAUGGUAUAAGAUCCAGCAGAACUUUCUCUCAACAACUCUAGUUAUUGGGAGCAAUUGGUUCUUGACAUGGUAUCAGAGCAUAGAACCGAAAGGUCAUGUGUUCGAAUCUCCACGACAUCCAAUAUUAACAGUUUAUUAAAGCACAAUGUAUGGUGGGCCUGUGCAAAGCCCAUGGGUUGACUUUCGUUGGUGGGUUUUUGUAGCGUAUCUUUAUUUUGCAAACAAACAUAAGAGUCGAGAGUUUAUUGAUAAAUGAUAAAAAAAUGUCAUGAGUCACCAAGGUCGGGAAAUAAAAGGGGAAAAAAACAAUUAAUGAUUUGUUUUUAAUGACUGAUGAUAAAAGCUUUUGGAGUUGUUUUGAUUAGGAUUUUCUAAAUUGUGUGAUUUUGGCCACAAGUCCACCGUUUUCAGAACCUAGGGUAUUCAUAUGCGGAAUUUAAGUCAAAUUCCUUAUUUGGAAGUAAACCCGAGAUUUCAAUUGAAAAAACAAAUUUGAGCGAAAAUUCAGUUUUGCCCUCGUGUCUUAUCUUCCUCCUCUGAGCAAACCGAACAACAAACCUUCUUCCUUCACCUUUUCACUGGCGUAGUCGUCAUCGGCUUGCCUCCAAUACACAACCCAGAGAUGGAACAGAGACGUCGGGACGAACGUUGUUUAAUUGCGCGAGAUGUACACUAUGUGCCACUAGUGUGUCAAUGCUCUCAUUUCAUGUUGCUCAUUGACAAUCUGGAGGACGAGGUCGAAGAAAUGACGGCCGACACAAGAAAGACCAACCAAGAUGCUGCGGAUCAACAUUGAAAGCAAGGUUGCUCUCAUGGAAAGGGUAUAAUGGCAACUUGUCACUAGGGGUGGGCAUUGGGUAGGUCGGGUGGAUUUUGACCAUAAAAUGGACCCAUCCCCGCUUAAACGGAUUGAUGAUUUUUAACCCACCAUCCACCCACAUUUAGUUUUGGGUUGGGUCGGGCGGAUGGUGGAUGAUGCGGGUUCACUCACGUCACAAUGUAUAUAAUAUAAAGGAGUCAACUGGAGAUGACAAUCAGUGGAGAGAGUAAUCGGGCGGAAACAAGAAGAUGAAAUAGGAAGGUAAAAAUGUAGAGUUACUUUUGAAAUUGGGUAGAAAUUCUAUUAUGGAGGUGUUUUCUGCAAAUGCAGAUAAUUAGGAACUAAGGAAAAUAAUUCAACGUAAGAAAGAGAGGUGAUCUAGGCACAAGAAUGAGAGGAAAAAUAAAAGGAAGAAGAGGGGAUUGCGAUUUGUAAGGUUGGCUUUGAGGUUCAAUCUCCAGAAGCAGCCUAGUUUCCUUCUAACGUCUCCACUCUCUGCUCAAUGAUGCCAUUUGCAACAUGGAUCAAGAUGGUUCACUUGACCAUUCUUUCUAGCAAGCAUUCCGGGAUUUUUCCAGAAAUAGCACUGUUUAAUAAAAAAUUUCCAAAAAU